GUGUAAGUGUUCAGAUAUAAGCAGUUAGUUAAAGAUUUCAUUAUCUGCUUUUAAGGCGCUUGAUAAGAUUGCAUGUGCCUGGGAGAUCAAGUGAAGAUUCUUUUUCACUUUUUCACUAAAGCAUUUUGGGAAAGUUUUAUACACACUUCUAUUCUAAUAAAAUAGGUUUAUCUUCAAUUAUUCAGAAUAAUAUACACAAGGACUAAACAGAGAGAAAAGGUUAAGGAACAACAAAAAACAUGGCCUCGUUAACGUCUAUUUUUUUCCGCCCAGUAACAUUCAUCAUCCUAAUCCUCUUUCUGCUGACCAUUUUCGACUGCUCGGUUCUUGUGCCGACUAUUCAUGCCACGAUGCCGAAGAUCAGCAAAAUCUUAUCUCACGAGGGAAAGACCUUUAAUUGCGAAAUUUGCGGUGCGGUUCUUGAGGGUAUUGAUGUUGCGCGACAUAUGUACUCGAAACCGAUGGAUAGACAUGCGAAUGUUUGCAAUUCAUCUUCCUCAUGCUCUCAAAUUCGGACUUCUAAUGAUCUACAUCAAUCGUUUUAUUUCAAUGAGAGGGGAAAUAUUAGAGUGCUACCGCCUGAGAUGCAUAGAUACUGUCAAAACAUUUUAGAAGGGACCCUCAACAUAUUUGAGAUGAACAAUAAUAAGAAUGAUCUUAUUGCCUCUUUUAUUUUGGAACAUAAGCACUUUCUUUGCCAUUAUAUUUCUAUUCAUACGGAUCCUAAAAAUUAUGGCUAUUCAAGGGGUCUAUUGGGAGAAUCAACACAAAAUACGUCCAGUCCGUUGCCAAACGAAAAGGAUAAAAACAUCUGCUUUCAGUUCCCGGAGCUCUCGCAGGUUAGCAGAUCCUCCCUCUCGAUUCCGUUAUAUACAUACACUUGGUUCCUGCGCUACCCUCUUAAUGAAUUACAUCAGCAAUAUUGUUAUCAAUUCUGCGAAGCCACGCUCAAUCUAAAGGAGCGCAUGCAGUUGGUUUUAUGGAGACACUUUGUUAUCUAUAAUGUACACCAGUUUCUAUAUGCAUGCCGGUAUGUGUAUCCCUGGUUGAUUCGGACCAUUGCUAUACUAGUGUUUCUCUUCUCUCAGGCUCUUCAUAAGGAAAUCCCUAUGGGCGUAUAUCCACAGAAGUCAAAAGAUUGGGAUACUUCACAGUCUGGGCCCAAGGAUGGCGCGGCACGUGCCGAUCGAAAUGGAAUUUCAAUAAAAGGAUCUAACGUUUUCGAUCAUUCUAAUGGAAAUCCGGGAGGCGGUACUAACUUAUCUUAUCCUUUAGACACCUACUACUCGACUCGGUCGGGACAGACUUCGAAGCGAAAGAAAAGAUGA